AUGACAACAGAGAUGCUGUCCAUUUACAGCAAGGAAAGUCGUUGCGCAGAGGUCCAAGGAUCCAGUGAAGGUGAGAGCUGCCUCAUCAGUUCAGGUCGGAAAUGCAAAGUUGGUGGGGUGGAAUCAUUCUCCACCCAGGUCGAUGGUGAUGGCAGUGAAGGCGUCCCAAUCCUAGCAAAAGGUAACAAUGUGCUGCUCACCUUGGCAAUACGCCGAAUGCCUCGAAACACACCCACAAGCCAGAAAAGAAGUCGAUCCCGUAUUGACUUUCCGUUAAGGCGAGAAGACAUUUUAUCCCAACACUCAACUCCGCGUAGUCACCUGAUAGCGAUGCGGCAAUUCAACAACGCGACUCACCUCAAGUCAGUGGAGACUUGCGACCCUGAUUCAGCCCGUUGGCACUACCGUAGCUGCAGAAAUCUUCGACUUCUUAGCGAAAGUUAUGGUGCCGCGUGCUUCAGUGAAUUCGCAUUUCCAACUCCCCCUGUCCACCGCGACGAAGACUUCCAUUUGCACUGCUUCGCAAUAGGCCCUGUAGCUUCGUCAGCGUCCACUAUGGUGACCAUCUUCGAUAUGGCCCGCCUCGAGGGCUCUUGUGAGCCUGAUAUUAGUCUGGCGUUGGGAUAA